AGCUGUUUGUCUCACCACAAAAAAAAAAAAACAUAUAUCUUCUAUCCCUAAAAGAGAUUUAGCUUUUGAUUUCAUAACUUUCUGUAGUUCCCGCUGAGAAUAUUAAAAGAAAUGUCGAGCAAACUCGUUUUGUUGAGUGUAUUAGCUCUAACUUUUAGCUACCUUGCGUUAGCCUAUGAGCCUAGCUCCCUCCAAGAUUUUUGUGUAGCCGAUCCCAAUUCGUCAGUGAAAGUAAAUGGUGUGACAUGUAAGAACCCGAUGCAAGUUCAAGCAGAGGAUUUCUUCUUCAGUGGGCUACACCUCAGGGGUAACACAUCGAACCAAUUGGGAUCAAAGGUGACCCCAGUGUUUGCUGCUCAGUUACCAGGACUAAACACUUUGGGCAUCUCAAUGGUUCGGAUUGACUACGCACCAUGGGGACUUAAUGCUCCUCACACUCACCCAAGAGCCACCGAGAUUCUUACUGUUCUUGAAGGGACACUACAAGUUGGAUUUGUAACUUCUAAUCCCGAUAACAGAUUUAUCACAAAGGUGCUUCAAAAGGGUGAUGUUUUCGUGUUCCCAGUGGGGCUUGUUCAUUUCCAACGCAAUGUGGGUAAUGGAUAUGCUGUGGUUAUUGCUGCAUUAAGCAGUCAAAACCCAGGUGCCAUAACAAUUGGGAAUGCUGUUUUCGGUGCAAAUCCUGCAAUUCCAGCGGAUAUUCUUGCUAAGGCGUUUCAAGUGGAUAAGAGUGUGGUGGAUCAGCUACAAGCGAAGUUCUAGAGUUUCAAAGAUUCUAAUUACAGAAGGAUAUGAUUAGAGCUGUUGUUCAGCUCGUGUGAUUAUUGUAUGGGUUCAUUCAAAAUUAUUUGUGUGCGGUUUUCUUUUUGAGUUCUAAUUCUUUC